AAUAGCACGACUGAAGCUCAUUAUAGUUCAAUGCUGGAGCUGUCAAGUACAGCAGAGGUUGGAGGAGAGAGGGUUUGCGAAUUGCACGCAAAAAACUGCAUGAACUAGCUGCUGGCAUGUUUUUGAUAAGAAUUGUAGUGUGGCGAACUCCUUGCAGAGUGUUUGGUUCUAAACCCAGUGUGAGAAUGACCCUGCAGAAUGGGCUGGUGUUACCUGCUGCCAAAAACUGUUCCCAUGCAGUCGCAGUAGCUAGCACAGCAGACUACAACAACAGGAACACCCUGAGAUGGGACCUGACCCCAGACCAGAUCAAGAACAUGACAGAGAGCCUGGUCCAGAGGAUCAAACAGGUCUACGAUGACAUCGGAUCUCUGGAUGUAGAACAAGUGUCCAUUAAAAACACCUUAAAAGCCCUGGCCAAUGCCAAAUUAGAAUAUGCAGCACAGCGCCAUGUUCUGGAUUUUCCCCAAUACGUGUCUGCUUGUAAGGAGGUGCGCUCAGCGAGCACAGAAGCAGACAAGAAGCUGUCUGACUUUGAUGUGGAGACAAGUAUGAGGGAAGAUGUGUUUCACAGAGUGAUUGCCUUGCAGGAGAAGCAGCUGGACAAUCUAACGCCUGAGGCCAAGAGAUUCUUAGACCGUCUUAUCACAUUAGGGAAGAGGAAUGGAUUGCACUUGUCAAAGGAUAUACAGGAGGAAGUCAAAAGAUUGUCAAAACUCAUCAAUGAACUCUCAAUCGACUUCAACCAAAAUCUAAAUGAGGAAAACACGUAUCUAAUAUUCAGUGAAAAUGAACUAAGUGGCCUAGCGGAUAGCUAUCUGAAUGGUCUGGAAAAGACUGAGGACAGGCGGUACAAGGUAUCCUUGGCAUACCCUCACUACUACCCUCUGAUGAAGAGGUGCCACAUGGCUGAGACCAGGAGGAAGAUGGAGACUGCUUUCCAUAGCAGAUGUAAGGAGGUAAACACAGUCAUUCUGGAGAAGCUGAUUGAGCUGAGGUCAAAGGUGGCACAGCUACUGGGUUUCAGUACCCACGCCAACUGUGUGCUUGAGAUGAACAUGGCCAAGAAUACCAACAAUGUGGCAUGCUUUCUAGAUGAGUUCUAUGCUAAACUGAAGCCGGUGGGAAUCAAGGAAAGGAAGUAUAUCCUGGCCCUAAAGAAGAGGGACUGUGCCAUGCGGGGAAAGGCCUUCGAUGGACAGAUCCACGCCUGGGACCUGCCCUACUACAUGAACCAGGUGGAGCAGGUGAAGUUUGCUGUAGACAAGGACAAGCUGAUCGAGUACUUCUCUCUGGAGGUGGUAACAGAGGGGUUGCUCAGUAUCUACCAGGAACUGCUUGGCCUUAACUUUAAGCGGGUAACCAGCGCCCACGUGUGGCACGACAACGUCAGCCUCUACUCUGUACUGGACACGGCCACUGGGGAGGAGAUCGGACGGUUCUACUUGGACUUGCAUCCCAGAGAAGGAAAGUACGGUCAUGCUGCCUGCUUUGGGCUCCAGCCGGGCUGCCUGGGGCCUGAUGGGAAACGUAUGCUGCCGGUUGCGGCCAUGGUGGCCAACUUCACCAAGCCUACGAAAGGUUGGCCCUCUCUGCUGCAGCACCACGAGGUGGAGACCUUCUUCCAUGAGUUUGGCCACGUCAUGCACGAGCUCUGCUCUAGGACGACGUUCUCAGAGUUCAGUGGGACCCUGGUGGAGACAGACUUUGUGGAGGUGCCAUCUCAGAUGCUGGAGAACUGGGUAUGGGAGAAGGAGCCCCUGAGGAGGAUGUCUCGCCACUACAAAGACGGCAGCCCCAUCCCCGACAACCUGCUCAACAAACUCAUCGCCUCCAGAGUCGCCAACACAGGUCUGAUGAACCUGCGUCAGGUAGUGCUCAGUAAAGUGGACCAGUCUCUGCACACCAAGUCCCAUGCCGACACUGCCGAGGUGUUCGCCAAGCACUGCCAAGACAUCCUGGGGAUCCCCGCUACUCCAGGUACAAAUAUGACAGCUAGUUUUAGUCACUUGGCUGGGGGCUACGAUGGCCAGUACUAUGGCUACCUGUGGAGUGAGGUCUAUUCCAUGGACCUCUUCUUCAGUCGUUUCAAAAAGGAAGGAAUCAUGAAUCCCAAGGUGGGGAAGGAGUACAGGAGGGUGAUUCUGGAGGCUGGUGGUUCUGUGGAUGGAAGGGACAUGCUGAAGACCUUCCUGGGUCGUGAACCUUGCCAGGAUGCCUUCUUUCAAUGCAAGGGAUUGGCCAAAGCUGAGGGAACACUGAAUGGUCGUCACUGACUCCCUCUCACUCCACAUUAAAGGGAUAUUUUGGGAUUUGGGCAAAGAGGCUCUUUAUCUACUUCCUCAAAGUCAGAUGAACUUGUGGAUACCAUUUUUAUGUCCCAGUAUGAAGGAAGUUGGAGGUAGUUUUGCGAGCCAAUGCUAACUAGCGUUAGUACAAUAACUGGAAGUCUAUGGGUAUCUGCUAGCAUGUGAGAUCUGUGGCCUCCCGGGUGGCGCAGAGACUGGUUCGCGCCCAGUCUCUGUCGUAACCGGCCGUACCGGGAUGUCCAUGGGACGAUGCACAAUUGGCCUAUCGUCGUCCGGGUUAGGGAGGGCUUGGCCCUUAGGGAUAUCCUUGUCUCAUCGCGCACCAGUGACUCCUGUGGUGGGCCGGGCACAGUGCG